UUCAUCAAACAUUACUACGUCAGCAAUAUUGCAAUGUUGGAGUUUGCUAUUUUUGCCGUCACAUUUGUUGGAGGACUUAUAGCAGUUGUAAUUUAUUUCUACCCCGGAUCAUCCAAGCCAAGUUCAAUACCUGGUCCAGAUCCCACUACUAAAGAAGAUGGUAAUUUAGCAGACAUUAAGAGGGCUGGGAGUCUUUAUGAAUUUCUAUUGGAUAUUCACAAGCAGUAUGGGCCUAUUGCAUCAUUUUGGAUGGGACAGCAGUUUGUGGCAAGUGUUGCCUCAGCUGAUCUAUUUAAAGAACACCAGAACAUAUUUGACAGACCUCCUGAGUUAUUCAAGCUGUUUGAAAUUCUGAUUGGACCAAAAAGUAUUCAGUAUGCAAAUAAGCAAGAUGGCAGGACAAGGAGAAAGAAUUAUGAUGAGGCAUUGACUCAUGAUGCUAUUAAAAAGUACUAUGAAACAUUUCAAAUUAUAGCCAAUGACCUAUCCAAGAAAUUCUCAUCACUUGUGAAGGAAGAACACAUAGCGCUCAGUCAGUACAUGAGUGCAUAUGCACUUAAAGUUGUGUUGUUGACUUUAAUGGGUGACACCUUCAAGGAUGACAAAGAAGUUUUAGAAUUCAGGAGAUUGUAUGAUAUUGCUUGGUCUGAAACAGAAAAACAAUUAACAGAUGUGCCAGAACCUGACAGUCAACGCAUGAAAACUUUUAAGGAUGCAAAAGACAAGCUGUAUGGAAUAAUAAAAAGAACAUUGGAACACAGGAAGAAAAAUCCAGCCAAGAAGGGAGAAUUACUUUUGAUUGACAUCCUUAUAGAAAAUUGCCAGGAUGAAGAAACUUUACUCUCAGACAUUUUAUCUUUUAUUAUUGGUGGAUUUCAAACUACAGCAAAUUUGCUGACCUGGUGUUUUUACUUCCUUGCCACACAUCAGGAUAUCCAAGAUAAAGUUCAGAAAGAGAUUAAGAGUGCUCUCGGAAGUGAUGAUGUUGAUCACACUAAUAUCAGUGAUUUAGUGUAUUUACGACAAGUUAUAGAUGAGACCCUAAGAUGUGCAGUCAUUGCCCCAUGGGCAGCCAGAUUCCAGGAUUUUGACUCUGAAUUAGGAGGGCACAAAAUACCUAAAAAUACUCCUGUAAUCCAUGCUCUUGGUGUGACACAGCAAGAUGAAGCCAUAUGGCCAGUACCUAACAGAUUUGAUCCUGAUAGAUUUAGUAAAGAGAACAGUAAGAAGAGACGAAGGUUAGCUUUCCAACCUUUUGGAUUUGCUGGGAAAAGGAUUUGUCCUGGAUAUAGGUUUGCCUAUGCUGAAGCUACUGUUUGCUUUGUGACCUUACUAAGAAAGUUCAAGUUUAAUAUGGUUGAAGGUCAAGUAAUUACUCCUGUGCAUGGUCUUGUAACACAUCCUAGUGAAGAAGUCUGGAUAACCAUUGACAAAAGAUAAAAAUUAUUUACAUUUGUAGAAAAACAUCUUGCAAGUUGUUUAGGAUUAUGGUCGUAAAUAUUAUUGUUCAAUCAAGCUUUUGCAUAGUUUUCAUAUCCACUGUGAGACGAUUUGCCACGCAAGGCUUUUUGCUGUAGGAAUAUAUGUGGCAAGGGAAGUAUAGAUUAUUAAUUUGCCACACAUUUUUUAUAUCAUCAAACUGUUGAAAUAUUUGUGGUAUGGGCCAAAUAGGUUUUUAUUAUUGUCAAGCCUGCAACUUCUGUCGCAGAAAGCUCGACAUAGGGAUAGUGAUCCGGCGGCGGCGGCGGCGUUAACUAACUUCUUAAAAGCUUUAUAUUUUCGAAGGUGAAAGACCUGGAUCCUUCAUACUUUGUAUAUAGAUGCCUUAUGUUACGAAGUUUCCGUCUGUCACAUGUCCAUUGUCCUUGACCUCAUUUUCAUGGUUCAGUGACUACUUGAAAAAAAAGCUAAGAUAUUUUGUAAUGUUAAUUUCUCUCUUAUUAUGAGUAAUAGGAUAACUAUAUGUAAUAUGUGCGUACCUUGCAAGGUCCUCAUGCCCGUCAGACAGUUUUCACUCUACCUCGACCUCAUUUCAUGGAUCAGUGAACAAGGUUAAGUUUUGGUGGUCAAGUCCAUAUCUCGGAUACUAUAAGCAAUAGGUCUAGUAUAUUUGGUGUAUGGAAGGAUUGUAAGGUGUACAUGUCCAAUUGGCAGGUGUCAUCUGAUCUUGACCUCAUUUUCAUGGUUCAGUGGUUAUAGUUAAGUUUUUGUGUUUUGGUCUGUUUUUCUUAUACUAUAUGCAAUAGGUCAACUAUAUUUGGUGUAUGGAAAUAUUUCAUGAUGUACAUGUCAGUCUCGUAGGUUUUAAUUGACCUUGACCUCAUUUUCACGCUCCAUUGCUCAGUGUUAGGUUUUGUGUUUAGGUCUGUUUUUCUUAAACUGUAAGUAAUGAGUCAACUAUAUUUGUUGUAUGGAAGGAUUGUAAGCUGUUCAUGUCUGCCUGGCAUGGUUCAUCUGACCUUGAACUCAUUUUCAUGGUCCAUUGGUCAAUGUUAAGUUUUCUUGGUUAAGUAUGUUUCUUAGAAACUAUAAGCAAUAGGUCAACUAUAUUCAGUGUAUUGAAUGAUUGUAAGGUGUACAUGUAUUCAUCGUUUGGUUUAUAUGAUAUUGACCUCAUUUUCUUGGAUCAUGUUAAGUUUAUGUGAUAGUUGUAGUAAAGCUUUAUAUUUAGGACUAUCAACAUAAUAUCAACGGUUAUUAAAGAAGGCGAGACAUUUCAGCGUGUGCACUCUUGUAUUUUAUGUUAUUUUGAGCACUUUUUAGCAACUUAUUUCUGAUAUGGAAAUGCUGGAAAAAACAAAAUUUCCAAUAUCAUAAUGCUAUCUCUCUAUAUAUAUGGUGCUUAGAAAAUGUUAGUUCAUGCCUAAAUUAUGAUUUCUUAAAAAUAUUUGAUUUAUAAUACAUUUUUCAAGUUGUAUUGUAAUGUGUGAGAUCUUGAGGUCAGGUGUCGAUGUUUCAACAGAUUUAUUUGUAUGCCCUACUAUCGUUUUUUGGUCUGUGUGUCCGUUCGUCCGUCCGUCCGUCUGUCCCACUUCAGGUUAAAAAUUUUGGUAGUUUUUGAUGAAAUUGAAGUCCAAUCAACUUGAAACUUAGUACCCUUUGAUAUGAUCUUUCUAAUUUUAAUGCCAAAUUAGAGUUUUGACCCCAAUUUCACGGUCCACUGAACAAAAUGAUAGUGCGAGUGGGGCAUCCGUGUACUAUGGACACAUUCUUGUUUUUAUCUGGCUAAGGGAAAGAUUUCAGUGUAAGUGCAAUAAUACAGUUCUAGCAAGUGAAAUUCCAUUGAUAAGUAGGAUUAUUAAUGUGACACAUAUAUCCCAUGACAGUCAACCAGAUCAUGCUGACAUCCAUAAAACUUGAAAGAGAUGACUUCAAAUUAGGAUUAAGACUUGUUACAUUGUUCCUUGAAAGCAGCAAUCUUCUAUCAUGUUAAUUCUGCCCUUGAAUAUUGUAUUAAUAAUAUUCAGUAUUUUGAGGAAGUUUAUUUAGUUUCUGUAUUGGGUUAUUUUGGCCAUUUUCAGUCAAGUUAAACUGUUUUUAUUUAUUUUCCAAUCAUUUUAUUUUCUCAAUACAAAAGUUUUGAACUGAUUGUGAAAUUAAAGAAGGCAUUAGCAAUUUUGUUUUUAUUAUGUUCAUACAAAACUAACGAUAGUUCUCUAAAAUAUUGGUUCAUCUUGUUUGAUAUUCUGUACCUUAUUUGUUUUUUAAUGUUUUAAAUAAUGAGCAAGAUUUGCUGAUAGCUCAGCCAUUAGAAAAUCUGAUAUACAAUGCACAUACCUUGACCUAUAAUGGUUUACUUUUAUAAAUUGUAAAUUGGAUGGAGAGUUGUCUCAUUGGCACUGAUACCACAUCUUCCUAUAUCUACAUAGUAUAUAAACAUAUUGUUGUGUUAAUUGACAAAACAUUCAGCUCAAUCUAAACAACAUGUAUAUUAAUUUAAUAAUACAUUAUAUAUGCACAUGUACAAUAUGGAAAUAUUUCUUUUUAUGAACAUUUAAUUAGAUACUGCAUACAAAUCUCAACAAAUGCAUUUUUACAAGUCAAAAUUGAUCAGAAUUUCAAUGUAUACAAAUAGUAACACAAAUAGUGAUUGCCUUAUUUUGCAAUAAAAUAUUAGUAGAUCACAAA